AUGCGCGUCAAGCGGAAAUACGGCGGCAAGAUGUACGAAAGCUCGUGUUCCUACCAGACGGCGCUGGAUCUGAAGCGCGGAACCUCGCCGCUCGUAACGCACCAGGUCAAGUCCGAGGACUGCCUCGGGUUGACCCAGUGCACCGACUGGGGCUCCUAUCGCUUCCACCAGUCCACGUUCGAGCAGCUGAAGCAGAGCGUCGAGAAGGCCAAGGCGGCUCUACAGGACCGGACCUCGUUCCUCGGCAGCUCCAGCGCGUUCAGUGAUAUUUACUCAUCGCCGCGGCUAACGGAAUCGCUCGAGAACGUCAUCUCGCACACUGGUGCCGGUAACAAUGGCGCUAGCAGUAACAACAACAGUGGCCCCACCACAGGUGGAAAUGGAAACGCCGAACCUAACGCCACCAACAACAACGCAGGCAACAGUAACGCUAGUAACGCUCCGAGCAACAUUAGCACCGCAAGCGCUGGCGGAGGUAGUGCGGCCAGUGGUGGUGGUGGGGCGAGUACCGCGACUGGUGGUGGAAGUGGAGGUAAUGGACCCAGCACCAGCAGCAGCAUCAGCGUCAUUAACGCCACAUCUCUCGUGGCCCCGUCAAAUUUGCUGGGCAACGCGGGUUUGUCCAGCCAGCGCCAGCGGAGCGAUCUGCUCGGGGCGUCCAACCUGAACCUGGUGUCCUCCACCCAAUCGCCCACCACCACGUCCACCCCGUCGUCCAUCCUGUCGCAGAACCUGGAGUCCCCGGUGGAUGCUAAAUCGCGGCAAGGUAAGUGA